GCCUUCUGUAGAUUUGUAAUCGGCCGUCUACACCAGGGUAAAGUCUUCUCUCUGAGGCAGCUCAUGGGAGGGAAAAUAAACCAGAAGUUUUAAGAUACAGAAGGAAGGAGAAAGAAGAAAAGAGAGAACUGUCUUCAAACCACAGUUUGUUUCAGGUUAUAUGAGCACUUCAUACAAUCAUGGCAUCGGCAGCUACGCCAAAAAGGAUGGUUUCCUCCAUCUUCAUCACUUUAACGUCUCCUCAGCGAGCCACUGGGACAGAGCAGCAACCCCCUCUCCAAGCGCAACAUGCCAUCGCAAGAGACAAGCAGCACACUGCUCAAAGACUCAGCUCAGCUGACAACGUACCUGUGCACAGAAAUAAGAAAGAGGACUCAUACAGUUAUGUAAACAGUAAAGGCUGGUUUCAUGGAGGGGCCCCAGAGGAAAGCUCUGACCCUCCGAGUCCCAAACUUGCCCAAACUGAACCCACUAAAGCACAGCUGCAAAAAGACAAAGACAAGAAAAGGACGGGUUCGCCAGAGCUCCUUCCUCCUCAUCUUCCUUCUGAUGGAAUGCCUCCAUCUUUGGGAGUGUUGCUUUCUGAAGAAUCAGCACUCCCACCACCUCCCCCACCUGGGAUACCUUUCCUCCAGUCUCUGAGCCCACUCCAACAGCCAGUUUCCAGCAGAGAGAUGGGAACCAGCACACCAUCAAGUUGGUUAAACCAAGAAGAACAAACCCGUUGGUUUAAAAAAACCAGCCAGGACACAUGCAGAGAGAGUGAAGAUUUGUGCGGCUUUUGUCGCAAACCCAUUGCUUUUUCUGAACCUGCAAUAGAGGCCUUAAACAGGACUUACCAUGACAGCUGCUUCCAGUGUAGAUCCUGUAACAUUUCUCUGGCUGGUAAAUGCUUCUACAACAAAGCAAAGAUUCCUUUCUGUGAAGAAUGCUACCAGGCUAGUUUGGAACUUUGUUGGGCAUGUGGGGAGAUAAUCACAGAUCACUUAAUCCGUGCUUUAGAGCGACCAUACCAUCCUUCUUGUUUCACCUGCACAACAUGCAAGCGGCAAAUUGGAGAGCUAGCUUUUGCUCAAGGAGAUGUUGGAGAAAUAUACUGCCUUCCAGACUAUUACAGGAAAUAUGCACCAAGGUGUAAUGCCUGUAACCAGCUAAUCAUCCCAAAAGAAGAUGGUACUGACAGUUACACUGUUGAAUGUCUGGGACGCUCUUACCAUGAAAACUGCUACAGAUGUGAGGUCUGUGGCAUUGAGUUCUCCGAUGAACACAGCUGCUAUCCUUUAGAUGGGAAACUGCUUUGCAAAUCUUGCCACACAAAUGUGGUUUCUGAGCAGUAACAUCUGCCUUACAACUUCAGACAAACUCCAAGCAAGGGAAAAGGAGAAGCUGCCACAAGCCGUUCAGCCCAACAAGAAACUGUGAUGUGCAUUUUGAAAAAAGUGUACAAAUGUCACAAUGCUUUCUUUUAAUAUAACAGUUAAUACUUUUACAACAUAUGUCUGAAGAUUCUCGUUUUGUACUUGAUUAAUUUUGCACUUGAGAAAAAAUGCACCAAACAUAUUUAUGCAAUUAACUUUACAAAAACUAUAUGACUAGAAUUAGUAUCAUCAGCCAUGUAACUCAAUCAACCAUGUAAAGUCAACUUUAGAUAAAGAAAGCAUUUAUAGAAAAGGAGACUAAUAUAUGAUAUCUCAAAGUAGACUCCAACAUAGAUUAUGUAACAUUUAUCAUAUGUUGCACAAACAGCACACCAUUAAUAAACAUGUUUAUUUCACAACAACAGCAGCAGUAGGUAAAGCAUACAGAAAAAACUCAAUGUAAUCAGGUGAAAUGCUACCCCCACUUAAUCUUUUGCUUAAAAAACACUAAACAAAAACAUACAAUUCAUGCUGAUCUAACCAUUUUAAAAUCCAUAAAGAUAAAGACUGGUAACCAUAUUAAAGUUCUUUAACAAUUAAAAAAACAUUCUUCUCACUUUGGGAUGAUUUAUGCUAACUUGUUUAGAAACUGUCUUAUAAUCCUUCUUAGUUUGAUGGUCAGCAAUAAUUCUCUAAGAAACUUUUCCUCAAUAGAUUCAUGUCAAUAUACUCCUGAAUGUUCCAGACCAUAGAGGUGGUCAUUCUUAAUCAAAUAAAUGGAGGCUACUACGUCCCCCCUUAACUCCUAUGGAUGCUGUAAGGGUGUAAUUAAUUUUUCACAUACUGCUUAAUUUUGGUUGUGUGUUUUUGUUCAAUAAAUAAUGACACUGA